AUGAAUGCUGUUGUUGCUUUAUGCCAUUUCUGUGAAGUUCAUGGACCUAAAAUCAUAUUUUAUACACAGGUAUUUCACGAUAUCGAUCGUUAUGCAAAGCAACAUCAAGCAACAACACCCAAUGGCGAUAACCAUGAUAAUGAAAGUAAAGCGUCGAGUAAUAGCUCGUCUUCAAAAGUCGAUUCCUGUGAUGCCUGUGGAUCAAUACCUGUCGGUCAACGUGGCUUAGUUAGCUUUGAUAAAAGCGCUGAUAUCGUUUAUGUUAGUAGACAUGAUCCUGAUAGUCCUGAAUUAUACACUGCUCUGAGGCAUGCUUGUAUUCGAAGCCUUAGUUGUGAAAUCUGCCCUGGUAGAGAAGGACCAGUUAUCUUCGGCGAUAGUUUCAAAGGCUAUGUUUUUAGUUAUACAUUUUCCUUGAAAGAUGUUGAAGCUAGAGGACAGCAAAAAUGGUAUAGCAUUAUAAUAGUAAGCAAGGAUAAAAUUUUUUUAAUCAAUUCCUGGAACUUUUUCACUAGCCACAUUCAGAAAGUGACUAGCGAUCUACAAUCUAAGGCAUUAAAAGUUUAUGAAAGUGAGAAAAAGCAAGUAAAAAGAAAUCCUUAUAGAACUAUUGCACUCGAUUUAGGCCCACUUUCACGCAAAAGAAGCGGUACCGGUAGAGCUACUCGCUCUCUUACCGAUAUAUUAAAAGAUUCGGAUAUCUUUACUCGAUUACAUUCCUACUUUACGUGGAUGCUUAAAGAAGGUGCUCGCCAUUUUACAGAAAGAUCAUUGGAAGGUCCUUCUCUUAAUUUUGAUAACAAUUUCAUAGAUAUAGACAAGAAAUACACGAUAGAUGCACAUUUCGAUUCAAUACUUCAGUUGUCGCAGACUAUGAAUAGGGAAGAUUUUUUAACUUUAUGUCAACAUGUCAUCCUUGGCAAUCAAAUCAUUAUCAGAUCAUCAGUUGACUCUCUGGUUUCUUCUGCCAUCGAUAUUUUACAGUCUUUAUUACCUAGUGAUUGUUGUAAAGUAAUAUAUAAGAAUACUGAAUACCAGGAUUCUUGGAAAUGUAACUUUCUAGGAUUAAACUUAUGUACUGAAAUCCCCCAACAUGUUCUCGCCUCCGAUUUAUACGCCCUCUUAGAUAUUAUUCCAUUGGCUCACCAAGUGGAUAACUCUGCUAAAUCCGGGUCAAUAUGUUAUUUAAGAAUUGCUACAUUAAUUUGUAAUCGAUACUAA